AUGAAGGUCUUCGCUAUCCUCACUGUUCUUGCCUCCACCGCUGUGUCGGUUCUGGCCGCUCCCUCCGUCGAUGCUGGCCUCGAGGCCCGUGGUGACAGUGGUUGCACCGCUUUCUCCGACCCCGACUGUGGUGUCUCCGGAACUUUCUGCGAGUGUGCCAACGGAUGGUUCUACGAAUACAACACCGACGAGGGUGGCUGCAACCCUCCUUGGGGCAUCAUCUCCACCUCCGAGUCCGGACUCCCUGGCUACUGGUGCUAG